AGGUAACACUGUAUUUGCUGACCUGUUGUUACUAUUCUUUGAUUCUUGUUUUUGUACUUAGUUUGCAUUUUCAAAUGCAGAUAUGUCAGCGAUGUUUUCAGGAUGUGUGUGCCUUCGUUUAGCUCUUUCGGCUGUGCCAGUCAUCAGCAAGUUAACGUGUGAAUCUCCCUUGGGCCUCAGGUCUCCCCGCAGACACACUCCAGGGCCACCGCGACCGAUUCCACGACCAGUUCCACAGCCUGAAGAACUUCUUCAACAAAGCCAGGGACAUGAUGUACUUCAAGAGGCUGAUCCAGAUCCCCAGGCUUCCUGAUUCACCCCCCAACUUCCUGCGGGCGUCGGCGCUGGCCGAGCACGUGAAGCCCGUGGUGGUGAUCCCGGACGAGGAGCCGGUGGAGGAGGAUGACGGCGAACCACUGGUGGAGGUCAGCGACAGCAGCCAGCCUGUCCUGCAGAGCCAGCCGCAGUUGGACAUAUUUGAUCGAACGUUUGGACCCCCCAAUGGCGGUUUUGAUGAGAGGUAAAGAUCACCGUUUGCACAUUAACAGAUGGAUGUGUUAUUGUUUAUCUGAGACAGAACCUUUCUUUUAACUUGCAAAUAACUAGGGCUGCCACUAAUGACAAUUUUGCUAUGGAUUAAUGGAUGGAUCUCUCGUCCAUUUUACCAUUAAUCUAAAUUAUUAAUUUUACUCUAGAAAUUUGAUAAUUGACGCCGGCUUUUUGGCAUUAUAUGGACAUUAUUUUCGCCCACAAUUCAAUUAGCAAAUCAGUAGUAUGCUUAAAAAAUUAAUGAGGUGCAUAUGAUGACGCCCCAAAGGUUAGUAAUCUGUAUAAAUUCGGUGUAUCUUUAUACUUAUUAAACUGUUAGCGGGGGACCCUGUGCUACUGUCUUGGUAAAACAUGGAAGCAAUAAAUACUGAAGUCAAGAAAGGAA